AACUGCCCAAAAGCUUUCCUAUUCUCGGUGGAACCGUUGGGGGCGGCCCGGAGCGGCCGCUCGCGAGCCGCGUGCGCGAGCGUUUCGGCCGCGCGUUCCCUGCUCCGUGCUCUCGGCGCGCGCCCUCCCGCACCCGGUCCUCCCCAUUUGCCCCAAACGACCGGGCCCCAUCGGGCAGUUCAUUCUCCGUUCGCCUUUCUCUGGCCUCAGCUCUCGGCGGCGGCCACAGGAUGAAGCAGCAAAGGCGGCGAAGGCGGCGGCUGUGAAAGAUGGUGGAUGUGGAUGUUUCUGCUGGUGGAGAUAGCACCAGGAGAAAAAUGGAGGCCCUGACAGACAGUGCAGUUGAAAUUGUCUCUUCUGAGCUCUAUGAUUCAGCCAGGGCGAAAAUAGCUGCUAAUCUACAAUGGAUCUGUGCUAAAGCCUAUGGAAUAGAUAAUAUCCCAGAAGAUCUAAAAGACCCAUUUUACAUAGACCAGUAUGAACAAGAACAUAUUAAACCACCUGUUAUCAAGCUCUUGCUCUCCAGUGAGUUAUAUUGUCGGGUCUGUAGCCUCAUUUUGAAAGGUGACCAGGUAGCAGCAUUAAAGGGACACCAAUCUGUUAUUCAGGCUCUGUCUCGGAAAGGAAUUUAUGUAAUAGAGAGUGAUGAUACCCCAGUGACUGAAUCUGACCUCAGUUGUGCUCCUAUAAAAAUGAGUUCACAUAUGGCUAUGAUUGAUGCUUUAAUGACAGCCUACACCAUAGAAAUGAUCAGCAUUGAAAAAGUAGUUGCCAGUGUCAAACGCUUUUCUACAUUCAGUGCCUCAAAAGAGCUGCCAUAUGAUCUGGAGGAUGCAAUGGUUUUCUGGAUUAACAAGGUGAACCUUAAAAUGAGGGAGAUAACAGAGAAAGAGGUAAAAUUAAAACAGCAAUUAUUAGAGAGCCCUGCCCAUCAAAAGUCUCCUUCCAAAUGGUAUUGGAAAUUAGUACCUGUUCGAUAUCGACGAGAGCAUCUUUCAAAUAGACAAUUACCCUACUUUCCAUUGCUGGAAGAUCUAAUGAAAGAUGGCAGUGAUGGUGCUGCUCUUUUAGCUGUGAUACACUAUUAUUGCCCAGAACAAAUGAAAUUAGAUGAUAUAUGUCUGAAGGAAGUAACAUCAAUAGCUGACAGUUUAUAUAAUAUUCAACUUCUGAGAGAGUUCUCAAAUGAAUACCUAAACAAAUGCUUUUAUCUCACCUUAGAAGAUAUGCUGUAUGCUCCUUUAGUGCUAAAGCCAAACCUUAUGGUUUUUAUUGCGGAAUUGUUCUGGUGGUUUGAGAAUGUAAAGCCAGAUUUUGUACAACCAAGGGAUAUUCAAGAAGUAAAAGAUGCUAAAACAGUUUUACAUCAAAAAAGCAGCCGUCCUCCUGUUCCUAUUUCCAAUGCUACUAAACGAAGUUUCAUGUCAAGCCCAGGUACUUCUGGUCAAGCAGAUAUACAGCUUCCAGUUCAACUGCCACCAGAAGCUUGCAACAGGUAUUACCUGCACCCUGAAGAAUCUGACUAUCUUGGGAAAGGGAGUCCUGCCUUUAGCCCAUCUCAUCCUUUAUUGCCAUUGAGACAGAAACAACAGAAAACCAUCCAGGGGGAGGACAACCAGGAUCAGCGACAUCGUUCUAAUUCAUUAACUCGAGUUGAUGGACAGCCACGUGGUGCAAUAAUUGCAUGGCCAGAAAAAAGGCCCAGGCCUCUGUCUCAGCCAACACCAUUUGCUCUGCAUCAUGCUACAAGUAGUGAUAUGGAUCCUGGUUCUGGUGAUAGUAUUAGCUUGGCUCGAUCAAUUAGCAAAGAUAGUUUAGCGUCUAAUAUUGUUAACCUCACCCCCCAAAAUCAACCUCAUAACACAUCUAUUAAGACUAAUGGGAAAAGUUUGCUGAAUAAUGUUGAUAUUGAGGAUGAAGAUGAAGAACUUGUUGCAAUAAUUAGGGCAGAUGAAAUUCCAAGCUGUGGUGACUUAGAGUUGCAGAGUACAUCUUCUAGGGCCUCAAGUUUAAUGGCAAGUUCUCGAUCUCCUAAAAGACAAGUGGAAUCCCUAGAAAGUAAACCUGAUAGUUUUUUCUUAGAACCUUUGAUGCCUGCAGUACUUAAACCAGCUAAAGAAAAACAGAUUAUUAAUAAAGAAGAUGAAUGUGGAGAAGGGAAACAAAGGAGUUUUUUGCCUAAAAGAAUUAGUGAAGGACAUCAGCUAUUGGGACGGAAGAAAACUAAUAGCAAUCACAUUGAUCAUGAUAUGAAUAGGACUUUUACUCCAAUUUCUAGUUCAGAAUUUCCUACAGCUAUAGAUUCUACUACUACUGAUUCAGUAGGAUUGGGACUUCUUUCAACAGAGGUUUCAUUAGAAACAUGUAGGCCAUUGGCUAGUGGUGGCGUAGAACAGUUAUCUCAGGAACAAUCUACUGAAGGCUUUUUUCUUCAUGUUUCCAAGGUUGAUGAAGAUACAGAAAGUAGAAUAAAUGAUAGCAGUGCAAAAAGUACAGAGUCACAUGGCCUAGAAACAACAUGGACUAUAAUUAGGCAAGACUCUGAUUCAGAUAUCCUAGAUCUUGAGGAAGCUGAACAAGAUUUAAUUGGAGAGGGCCCUCCUUUAGUUAUAACUAAAUAUGUAGGUGAAGAAGAAUCUGCUAAGCUACAGGAGGACAUGAAGGUGAAGGAGCAUGAAGAUAAGGAUGAUGCAAGUGGACGUUCAAGUCCAUGCUUAAGUACCAUCUCUCAAGCUAGCAGUGUCUCUAUGGCUAGUGGAAGUGUUAGGAUGACUAGUUUUGCAGAGAGAAAACUUCAGAGACUUAAUAGCUAUGAAGCAAAGUCUAGUACAAGCAGUUCCCAGAAAACCACACCUGAUGCAUCAGAGAGCUGUCCAGCUCCACUGACUACAUGGAAACAAAAGAGAGAACAGAGUCCUAACAGGCAAAAUAAAGAUCAUGCUAAUCUUUUGGCUUCUGAGCUGGUCCAGCUUCAUAUGCAGUUGGAGGAAAAACGCAGAGCAAUAGAGGCACAAAAGAAGAAAAUGGAGGCAUUGUCUGCAAGGCAGCGACUCAAGUUAGGUAAAGCAGCCUUCCUUCAUGUAGUUAAGAAGGGGAAGACUGACAUUGUUCCACAACCACUUAAACCAGAACACUUUUCAAAAGAAUAUUCUCGACACAAUGGAGAAGAAUUAGAUGAUGGAAUUUCUAAAACAGAAGAUUUUCUUGUAAAAGAAGAAGAUAAAGAUGAUCUCCUUGGUGAUUCUCAAGAAAUGGCAAAAGUAAAGAUUCAGGAAAAUGUGGCUUUUGUUCAGCACAAAACAAAAGACUCUGCUGCCAUACAUGAAUUAGAGAAAAACAAGAUGCUUUCUGCUGCUCUUUUAGAGGAUAAUGUUGGUGAAGUUGUAGAUAUAAAUGAAUGUGAUGUUUCCAUUGAAAAACUAAAUGAAACCAUUAGUACCCUUCAGCAAGCUAUAUUAAAGAUUUCUCAACAGCAAGAACAACUUCUUAUGAAAUCUCCUACAGUACCAACACCAAAUACUAGAAACAGUUCCCAAGAUCAGAAGGUAAAGCCAUCAAUUCAUUUUGUUGAGCCCCUCUCUCCAACUGGCAUGAACAGUCACCGUAAACCCCCUCGUCUUGGUCAAGGUCGUAGUCCUCGUUCAGCACGACCAUCGGAGCUAAAAGUUGCUAAAGACAAACAACAAAGUUCUUCCCGUAUAAAAACUCCAACACCAAGUGUAGAAACUGUGCCUCACUUAAGAUCUUUCCCUCCAAAUAAUCAUCCAAGAACACCCACAGAAACCUGUUUGGAAAGUGCCACAAGUCAUGGAAAUGAUUCUCAAGAAAAGUUUUUCUUUGAUAGUUAUAGGCUUCAUGAUGAGAGUAACCAGAGGACAUUUGUUUUGUCUGCUUCCAAAGAUGCAAACAUUAUUUCUGAACAAAUGAGCAAAGAAGUUUUGAAUAAUAGUGUAAAAGAAGCAGGACUAAAUUCUUCAGAUGUCUCAGGAAAAGAAAAUGUUCCUGUAGAAGAACCACUAAGGAGCAAGGGUAGUCUCAUUGAAGUAGACAUCUCUGACCUAAAAGCACCAGAUGAAGAAGGAGAAAUGGAAAGCCAUGAAAGCUCUUUGGAUUUAAUUAAUGAGUGUGAUCAGAAACCCGGUGUAGGCUUUUUCUUUAAGGAUGAACAAAAAGCAGAAGAUGAAUUAGCCAAGAAACGAGCUGCUUUCCUUUUAAAACAGCAGCGCAAAGCUGAAGAAGCUCGUGUACGGAAACAGCAGCUGGAAGCCGAAGUUGAACUGAAAAGAGAUGAAGCUCGGCGAAAAGCUGAAGAAGACCGGAUACGAAAAGAGGAGGAAAAAGCUCGACGAGAACUCAUUAAACAGGAAUAUUUGAGAAGAAAGCAACAACAGAUUUUAGAAGAGCAAGGACUUGGUAAACCAAAAUCAAAACCAAAAAAACCACGGCCAAAAUCUGUUCAUCGGGAAGAGUCAUACAGUGAUUCAGGAACCAAAUGUUCUUCAACCCCUGAUAAUUUAAGUAGUGCCCAGUCUGGCUCCAGUCUGUCUUUGGCAUCAGCAACAACAACAGAACCUGAAAGUGUUCAUUCUGGUGGUACUCCUUCCCAACGAGUGGAAUCCAUGGAAUCUUUGCCAAUAUUAAGCAGGAAUCCUAGCAGGAAUACAGAAAGAGAUUGGGAAAACGCUUCUACAGCAUCUUCGAUUGCAUCUGUGGCAGAAUACACUGGUCCCAAGCUCUUCAAGGAGCCUAGUAGCAAGUCGAAUAAACCAAUUAUUCACAAUGCUAUAUCCCAUUGCUGUCUGGCUGGAAAAGUAAAUGAACCACACAAGAAUUCAAUACUGGAGGAAUUGGAGAAGUGUGACGCCAACCACUACAUUAUAUUGUUUCGUGAUGCUGGAUGCCAAUUUAGGGCACUUUAUUGCUAUUAUCCUGAUACUGAAGAAAUCUACAAGCUAACAGGCACUGGGCCAAAGAGCAUCACUAAGAAAAUGAUUGACAAGCUUUAUAAAUAUAGCUCAGACAGAAAACAGUUUAACCUGAUUCCAGCCAAAACCAUGUCUGUCAGUGUGGAUGCUCUUACCAUUCAUAACCAUUUGUGGCAACCCAAGCGGCCAGCAGUGCCAAAGAAGACUCAGACUCGUAAAUGACAUUGAUUUGGGGGACAUAUAUCUGAGGGGAUUGUGCUGAAAGAAGAAUAUUUACUACUUUCUUCAAUUUGGGUACGAAAUGUGCAAAACCAUAAAACUUUUUUAAGAGGCUUCUAGAUAAAAUGAAUCUUCUUUCCCCUCAAAACACACACACACAUACACACCUAAUGCAAGUUAAAAAUAAUGAAGGAACAAUGCCAGUGUUUUUUAAUGACUCAAAUCAACUGUUAUAUUUAAUGCUAACUACUGAAGCUUUCAAAUGAGGGACCGUGCAUGUAGCAAGAUCUUUAACCAGUGAAUUUCCUUUUACUUGAAGCUCUCUAUCGGUACAAAUUGGAAAUGAUUUAAUUUGCUUUUCUUGCCUUUCCCUCUUCCACAUUACAGUGGAAGAACUGAGAAUUGAUCUUGGGUCAUGAGUUUCUGAAUGUGUAUAGAAAAAAUUCUUAUUUGGGGACUUUAUUUUUCCUUUGAGGAAUUAUAAGAUAUAUGAUUGUAUCUACUGCCAACAUUGAAUCCCAGUUUUCAGAUUUAUGGGGAAAAAAUUCCCAACUUAUGCGGCUGAGAAAAAAAAAGUUUACUGACAAUAGUUAACAAAAAGCACUGAAAGAUUGCAAAGGCUGUCUAAAAUAACAUUUGUAGAUUUAUUAGAGAUGACUACAUCUGGAACACAAUCAUGGGGACGCAAAAAAUUAUAGGUGCUAUAAACUAGUACUUGCUUAGUUGGCAAGAUGAAUGAAAACUUAUUGAUGAAGUUUUGGGUAGUGUUCUAAUGAUUUGUUAACUUUAUUAAAGACAUAUUUUGGCAAAAAUAGAAUAUUUUCACUCUGAGCACGUUCCUCAUAUAAGAUGGUGCACUUAAGAUCUUAAGUCCUUUUACUGUUUUUAUUGUCAUGACAUGUAAUUCUAUUUCUUUUGUCCUGUCUUUAUUCUGAAGGAGCAGCAUGCUCUGAACAGAGUAUGUGCAAUUUUUUACUAUUAAUUUAGGGUGACAAAGUAAUUUUGUUUCAUCUUAUUUAAAAUUUUUAAAUUACAGAGUUGCUGUUGUUUCAAAAGUCUAGAUAAAUGAAACGGCUUGGAUUCUUUUCAUGUUGAAAUAUUAAAUCUUUAGUUAAGACCCUAAAUAUCUUUUAGUGUUUUUCUAGCAGAUCAAAUCAUUUGGGGAGUAUAAUACUAUCUAUUACAGGAGUAAAUUUGUAUUUUGAUUUCCUUCUUUAUGCACUUACAGUUCCCUUUCAGCACCUAUGUUUUCAAGUGUACAUCUAGAGCUCUGUAGUUAAAUCCUAUUUAAUCAUUAACUGGUUGCUAUGACAUCUUGAUUUGACACUAUUGCCUGAAGGCAUUUGUUAGGUUUGCACAUGUUUACUUGGAAGUGUUACUUGGAUAUAUGUAUAUCUAUCUUGUACUGAGGAGGGCACUAUAGAACAGUAGGGAAAAAAACUCCUCUAAAAUACACAAGUGUAAUUAUUACAUAAACCUAAAGACAAAAAAGGUAAGUUGUAUAAAGGAGAAAAUAUGGUACAAAAUAAAACACUAGAACUGCAGGUUUUAUUGCAGUCUUCUCAGCCCCUUGAAGAAAAAGAUUGUAGUUUGUUGCAUUGUUGUAUAUAUUGUGUUUAGGGAUAGCUGGUUCCUUGUGCUGUAAAUAAAUAACUAAAGGCUUUAUGAUUUCUAAAGUGCUAAGUAUUAAAGUUAUGAGUGAAUUUUUUCUGUUACCAUGCUUUUCAUUCUUCUGCUUUAUUUCUCACUGUAUGUUUGAUAUAUUAUCAUAUUUAUUUUAAAAAAGCACUGAAAUUAAUAAAAAUGAUUAAAUAA